AAGGAUGUCCUGUUUUUUGUUGAUAUAAUGUUGAGGAUUUACAAGAGUUACAUUCUCUACUAUAGUUUGUAAAGGCCAACUUACAUUCUCUACUCUAGUUUGUUUAAUGUCAUCGGGUCAUCUGCUGUUACAGACAGUGUGGCAUGUGCAUGGUGUUUGGUCGCAGUUCAGGUAGCACAGUGCAGUAAUGACCAGAACAGAUCAUACUUGAGGUUCAGAAGUUCUUAUUUCACGUUGAAGUGAUGAAAAACAUGAUCAGAGACAUCGUCAUUGUGCAGCAUCCUGUUUCUGUGUAUGUACCACUGAACUAUAAGGUGACUGAGUGUGAGAGCAGAGGGAACCGGUAUCCUGAACUACCAGUGGUUCAAGUCUAGUAAAGAGGAGGUAUUUGGUGGGACCAGAGCAGAUCUGAUUGUCACAGCCCAGAGGUCUCAGCUCUACAUUUGUCGUGUGAAUGACCAGUUCUGCAACUGUAUGUUCAGUAAAUGGGUCACAGUAAAGGUCCUGGACAUUGCUAAACCAGGUCUCCCAGUAGCAUGGCGAGGGGAGCCCCAUAUCGCUGUACACCCUGCACCCCAGACUGUCAGACAAGGGGAGAGACUCACCCUCAGCUGCACCGCCUUUGGCAUUCCCACCCCUCACUACCAGUGGUACAGAAAUUGACUUCCUCUGUUGGGCAAGACCACGGACACACUGCAGAUAGAGAAUGCAGAGUCAGACCAUAGAGGAACAUAUCUCUGCUAUGUAUCCAAUGUUCAAGAGGAGAGAUGGACAGAGGCAGCUGAUGUUGAAAUAGGUAAAUGGAAGUGGGAUGCUACUUGAAGGGCAUCUGGGCAACAAAAAGGAAAUAAUGUUUACAUGAAUUGAACAUAGUGUGAAUUAUGAUGUCAUAUAGCCAAGUCUUUUGUGAAUACUGCUCUGUAAUUAUAAACAGAUGUGCAAUAGUGAAUAUGAAACUCUCGCAGUAGCAUAUGACAAAGCACUAGCAGCAGUUAUUUUACGUUUUCAGUGGCAUGAGCUUUACUAUUAGCGUUUUAUAUAUUCCCUGACAAAGUCUACCACAUAAUUCACUGGAAAGUAAUUCCCCACUUUUCACUGAGCUAGUGGAAUAGCGGUAAGUUCAGAUUCCUGCACAUCCCUCCCACAAGUGGGUCUUUCCAUUCUGCUGACGAUUUAAGGUACUUUCCCUUUGUUAAAGACUGUACUAGAAGUUUUCAGGCUCUAAAAAGUGGUCAAGGAACUAGCCUUUGGAUGUAGGUUCCCCUUUGUAUGUGUUUUCUACAUGUUGGCACAUCAACAACAUUCAUAUUUCAAAAUCUUUAUGAAUUUGACCCAACCAGAUUGAAUGAAAACUAGGAGUCCUUUUACACUCUCAUAUUGCUUUUGAUCUGGUUUGUUGUGUUAACAGAUUGAAGUGUGAAGUGUUAGGUUAUGCACUGAUUAUAACUUUUAUUAUUUUUCCAUUUCUUUCAGUGCCAUCUAAUCAACUCACAGGUAGGGGUCAGUGGAAAUACAGUGUUGUUUUCUUUUUCUUUUAUUUGUUAUUUUUUAAAUUUGACCCCUUUUUCUCCCCAAUUUCAUGGUAUCCAAAUGUUUUAGUAGCCACUAUCUUGUCUCAUCGGAGACGAAGGUUGAAAGUCAUGCGUCCUCCGAUACACAACCCAACCAAGCCGCACUGCUUCUUAACACAGCGCGCAUCCAACCGGAAGCCAGCUGCACCAAUGUGUCGGAGGAAACACCGUGCACCUGGCAACCUUGGUUAGUGCGCACUGCGCCCAGCCCGCCACAGGAGUCGCUGGUGCGCGAUGAGACAAGGACAUCCCUACCGGCCAAGCCCUCCCUAAGCCGGAAAACGCUAGGCCAAUUGUGCGUCGCCCCACGGACCUCCCGGUCGCGGCCGGUUACGACAGAGCCUGGGCGCGAACCCAGAGUCUCUGAUGGCACAGCUGGCGCUGCAGUACAGCGCCCUUAACCACUGGUUUGAGGUAUUCUUAGAAUGCGGUUUGAGCAUUAUGUCAUUGAAGUGGGGAACUGUUGUACCAGUAUUUCCUGAUAUGUGUGGUUUCAUGUUUCUAUAGUAUAAUUAAUUAGCUGUUCUCAAAGUACAGUAAGGUGACCCUGAUUACAAAUUCCACCAUGGUCUUUUCGUCCAGCGACUGACAAAGUGGCCCUGCUUAUUGGUAACCUCAACUACUCCCACCAUCCGGACCUGAUGGCCCCCACUAUGGAUGUCCAUGAGCUGGCCAACCUGCUGCAGCAGCUGGGCUUCAGAGUGGUGUCUCUACUGGAUCUCACCAGGGAGGAGAUGCUGGCGGCUAUUGACAAGUUCCUUCUCCUGCUUGACAGGGGCGUGUAUGCCCUGUUCUACUAUGCUGGUCAUGGGUACGAACGUUUAGGGAGAAACUAUCUGGUGGCCAUAGAUGCUCCACAACCAAACCGUUCAGAGAACUGUGUCUGUGUACAGAGGGUCAUGUGCAAGAUGCAGGAGAGACGGACUGCAUUGAAUGUGGUCUUAUUAGACACCUGCAGAACAUGGUACAACCUAGAUUGCAUAACUUCUGAAAUCAGGCCCUUGGUACCAAUGGGAAACACCGUGUAUGGAUAUGCCACAUGUGAAAAUGCAGAGGCUUAUGAGGUAGAGGACGGAGGGAAGAGCACCGGAAUCUUCACUAAAUAUCUGAACAAGCACAUCCUACAGCCAGAGAAAGUCACCCACAUCCUGGAGCUGGUGUCUGAGAAUCUGGGCAGAAACCCUUUCAUCAUAGGCAAGCAGGUGGUGGAAAUCAGACACACGCUAAAGGAGCCCCGCUCCCUCACAGAUCCGAUCAGGACCACCGGCCACACUGGAGAACUACAUCUGAGAGACGCCUGCUGGAGACAGGCCAACGAGCUACCACAUCAGAAGUUGCUUAUUUUCACCUGUGGAGUUGAGGUGGAGGUCAGCUUCUCAGCCUUGUUCUCCAACGUCAUGGUUGCUUUUGGCAGAGUGAAAACCACUGGACCCAGAGCCCAGGACUGCACUAUCACUCUGAGGAGCACACCUGCAAUGGAGGAUAUAUUCUCUAGUCCUGGGAGGUCAGGUGAAAUGGACUCUCUGUUGCUAAAUAACUUGGUUGCUGAAAACCCUGACUGUAGCCUCAGACUUUGUGGCCUUCAAAAGCUUCAGGGAUCCUUAGUGAUAAAGGUGGACCUACACUAUACCCACAUGGACAGGAAGCUGUGGCUACAAGAGAGCAAACAGCUGGACAUAGGGAAGCCUCUUGUGGCAUCCUGUGAUCUGCACAGGGGACAGCAAGCAAUGGUUGCCCAGAGACGAGAUGGUGCCCCUGCCCAGAGUAUGGGACACAGCCGCAUCUCACACAGCAAGCAGCGCCCACGUCAGACAUUGGGCCAGCCAGGCUCAAUGUCUGACGUGGGCGCUGCUUGCUGUGUGAGAUGCGGCUGUGUCCCAUACUCUGGGCAGGGGCACCAUCCCUUCACUAAGAGUGCAGAGUGUGCUGCCAAAGUCCCCACUGCAAGGAGCAAUGAACCAGGGGAGAAUGAUGAGACUGAGCCCCAUUGAUUUCCCCUCUCCACGUCUAUGGAAAAAGGAUAGUCUAGUAGUAGUGACUAGUGUAGUCCAUCGGAUAUUUGCUGUUUAGGCUUUAAUCAAUGUACAUAAUAAAAUCAGCAUGAUACAUU